AUGGGCCAAAAAAUUCUCCUGAUAGUCGGUUUACUCGCUCUUGCACACGCUGGUUACUCAGCUGCUCAACAUCGUGUUUACGUUCGUCUCACAGAACAACGAUUUGAACGUCUGCCAACCGAUAUUAUCGUUCAAACUUUAAUUGCGUUUCUUGCUUGUUGCAUCGGUACAGUUCAAUUUUUUGGUAAAUUCAAACCGAUUCUUAUUACAGCCGAAUGGCAAAAUAAAUCGUGGGAUACUAUCGGCAAUCGUCCAUCGUUUAUGACGUUUAACCAUCGUGGUAAAAAACUAUUUCAUUAA